CUGUGGCGCUGUCUGGUUCGGAUGGUUCCAAAAUUCAUCGAGUUGCCUCGGUGUCGGGCGAGUUGACAGGACUCAACUAGCAUUAACGUUACAAACUCGGAAAAAUCAGCUCAACUAUAAUGACCGCUUGAGUCGAGUCCGAGUUUUAUUUGUUAAACCUUAAACGUUAAAACACCGGGUCCUGAUCUUGAUCUAGUUUGUUUGUUGUUAUUAGUUAUUAACCGGUAUUUCAUUGCAGACGGGAAAGGAAAGACAUCACACUAGUAGUUAUUUUUCUGAGUCUCCGAGUUUGGACUCGGCGAAAAUGAUGCCGCCGGAGCUUCAACCUCGAAUCCACCGCCCCUACAUCUCGACCUCCGCCAGCGCGCCCACCUUCUCCUCCUUCAAUGCCGGUGGAUUCUCACCAGACCGCAGCUCUAACCCAAGCAGUAACAGAAGUAGCAGCAGCAGCAUCAGAUCCCUGAAUAACCCUCGCUUCUCUCCUUCCUUCAUCCAUAACCCUCGAAUCGCUCUCGCCCUCGUCCCAUGCGCUGCCUUUCUCCUUGACCUCGGCGGAACUCCGGUCGCCGCUGUCCUAACCCUAGGACUCAUGAUCGCUUACAUCCUUGACUCCCUCGCCUUCAAAUCCGCUUCCUUCUUCUCAAUCUGGCUCUCCCUCGUUGCAUCCCAGCUGGCCUUCUUCUUCAGUUCCUCUCUCUUCUCCACCUUCACCUCCUUCCCUCUCGCCUUCCUCGCUGCCUUCCUCUGCGCACUGACCAACUUCAUGAUCGGAACCUGGUCCUCCCUCCAGUUCAAAUGGAUCCAGAUCGAAUAUCCUUCCAUCGUCCUCUCUCUCGAGCGACUCCUGUUUGCUUGCGUUCCCAUCGUUGCUUCGGUCCUCUUCACGUGGGCUAGCAUCUUGGCAGUCGGCAUGAGCAACGCCUCCUACUAUCUUAUGAUCUUCGACUGUGUCUUCUACUGGUUGUUCUCGAUUCCUCGCAUGUCGUCCUUCAAAUCGAAGCAAGACAUUGGUUACCAUGGCGGAGAGCUCCCCGAUGAAACUCUGAUUCUAAGCCCCCUUGAAAGCUGUAUCCAUACUUUGUAUCUCCUCUUCUUCCCUCUGCUCUUCCACAUUGCCUCCCACCGCGCAGUCAUCUUCUCCUCGGCAAAUUCGGUCUGUGAUUUGUUUCUUCUGUUCUUUGUUCCGUUCUUGUUCUUGCUCUACGCCUCGACGAGAGGCGCAUUGUGGUGGGUCACGAAGAAUGCGUCGCAGCUGCAUAGCAUUCGGGUCGUAAACGGUGCGGUUGCACUGGUGGUGGUUGUGAUUUGUUUGGAGGUUCGGGUUGUUUUCCAUUCGUUCAGCCGCUACAUUCAGGUACCCCCGCCUCUAAAUUUUCUUCUUGUAACGAUUACGAUGCUGGGCGGUGCUGCUGCAUCUGGGGCUUAUGCAGUUGGUGUGGUUGGUGAUUGGUUCAGUUCAGUCGUGUUCACGGUUUUGUCUGUCUUAGUCAGUGCAGCCGGGGCGAUCGUUGUGGGCUUCCCUUUAUUGUUCGUUCCACUUCCUUUGAUCUCUGGUUUCUAUAUUGCUCGAUUUUUUACAAAGAAGAGCUUGUCAUCAUAUUUUGCAUUUGUCCUGCUUGCAAGCCUGAUGGUUAUGUGGUUUGUUAUGCACAACUUCUGGAAUCUCAGCAUUUGGUUGGCUGGCAUGUCCCUGAAGUCCUUCUGUAAGUUGAUAGUAGCAAAUGUGAUCCUAGCUAUGGCUGUUCCAGGUUUUGCUCUCCUUCCUUCAAAACUUCGUCUCUUGACUGAAGUUGGGCUUAUCAGCCACACUCUUCUGCUAUGCUACAUUGAAGAUCGUCUUUUCAAUUAUUCUAGUAUAUACUAUUUUGGGUUGGAUGAUGAGGUGAUGUAUCCAAGCUACAUGGUUAUCUUGACAACCUGUGUGGGAUUGGCUGUGGUUAGGAGAUUGGUUCUGGAUCACCGUAUUGGACCAAAGGCAGUCUGGAUAUUAACUUGCCUCUAUUCUUCAAAGCUGGCAAUGCUUUUUGUCGUAUCAAAAUCUGUUGUAUGGGUGACAGCUGUUCUGUUGUUGGCUGUUUCUCCUCCACUGCUUCUUUACAAGGAUAGAUCUAAAGCAGCUUCAAAGAUGAAACCUUGGCAGGGUUAUGCACAUGCUGGUAUAGUUGCUUUUUCUGCCUGGCUUUGCAGUGAAACAAUUUUUGAAGUCCUCCAAUGGUGGAAUGGAAGGCCUCCAUCAGAUGGCUUACUUUUGGGUGCCUGUAUAUUUUUGACGGGUUUAGCUUGCAUACCUAUAGUUGCCAUCCACUUUUCUCAUGUACAGUUGGCCAAGAGAUGCCUUGUUCUGGUGGUGGCAAUGGGUCUGCUGUUUAUCCUAAUGCAGCCUCCAAUUCCAUUGUCAUGGGCUUUGCAUUCAGAGUCGAUCAAAGCAGCUCACCAUUCUACUGAUGACGUCUCAAUCUAUGGUUUUGUGGCAUCAAAGCCUACAUGGCCAUCAUGGCUGCUCAUGACAGCAAUCCUCCUCACUCUUGCAGCAGUCACCUCUAUUAUUCCUAUCAAGUACAUUGUUGAGCUGAGGGCAUUCUAUGCUGUUGGUGUGGGGAUUGCUCUGGGUGUCUAUAUAUCUGCUGAAUACUUCCUGCAAGCAACAAUUCUCCACACCCUCAUUGUUGUAUCUGUGGUUUGCACCUCCGUCUUUGUGGUCUUCACUCAUCUCCCAUCUGCUUCAAGCCCAAAACUCCUGCCAUGGGUGUUUGCUCUAUUGGUGGCACUCUUCCCAGUUACCUACCUACUGGAAGGACAGGUAAGAGCUGGAAACUUCUUUCCAGAAGGUGGAACUGGAGAGGAAGAUGGUAAGCUUACUAUGCUAUUGGCGGUUGAAGGAGCAAGGACUUCAUUGCUGGGAUUGUAUGCUGCGAUCUUUAUGCUUAUUGCAUUAGAGAUAAAGUUCGAGCUGGCCUCAUUGAUGCAUGAGAAGGCCCAUGACAGAGGAGGCAUGCACAAUCAGUCUGGCCGAAGUAGUUCUGCUGGUUUUCCUCCAAAACUGAGGCUCAUGCAGCAGCGGAGAGUGGCAGCUGUGCCAACCUUCACAGUCAAGAGGUUGGCAGCUGAGGGGGCUUGGAUGCCAGCUGUGGGUAAUGUAGCCACUGUCAUAUGUUUUGCCAUCUGUUUGAUACUUAAUAUCAAGCUCACUGGCGGAUCAGAUCGAGCAGUAUUCUUCCUGGCACCUAUCCUGCUCCUACUCAACCAGGAUUCAGACAUUGUUGCGGGGUUCAGUGACAGGCAAAGAUAUUUCCCAGUUACUUUUGUCAUCUCAGUCUACUUGGUACUGACUUCUCUUUAUAGGAUUUGGGAGGAAGUCUGGAAUGGAAAUGCUGGGUGGGGCCUGGAAAUUGGAGGGCCAGACUGGUUUUUUGCAGUCAAGAAUGCGGCUCUCCUCAUCCUUACCUUCCCUAGCCAUAUCCUUUUCAACCGGUUUGUAUGGAGCUACAGAAAGCAGGUAGACUCCAUGCAGUUGCUUACACUUCCUCUCAACAUACCAUCCGUUGUUAUAACUGAUGUUAUCAAGGUGAAGAUACUGGGUUUAUUAGGAAUCAUAUAUUCCCUGGCUCAGUAUCUAAUCUCUAGACAACUCCAUAUUAGCGGAUUGAAGUAUAUUUAAAUGAUAGACAUACAUUCUGUAACUUAUGUUCGGGCAAUUUUUCAUGUGAGCUGCAAAAAUUUCUUCU